GAUCAUUGAAGAAUUCUGAACUAUAUUACAUUUUUUCAAUAAUUUUUUAUUAUCAUAUACAAAAAAUUUCUAAUAAAACCAAUUUAAUAAUGUCGGAAAGAAAAGAUACACCUAAUAAGGACGUCGACCCAGAGUUAGACGAUUUGUUGGAUAGUGCCCUUCAAGAUAUGACAAAGAAAGAUGAGAAAAAAGAACAGCCAAGUGAAGCAGGUUCUGGAGAAAUGCCACAGAAUAUGUGGAGCGAGGAUUUUAUCAAAGAAGCAGCAUCACAGUUUGAGAGCAAUAUGGCAGCCAUAUUGGGAAAUUUUAGUGGAGUGCCAGAGGACCAAAUUACACAGGAACAAAUUGCACAGACCUUCAGUAAAAUGGCGGAGGCUGCAGCUCAAGUCCUGAAACCGGCGAAUGCUGAGGGAGAACCAACUUCUACUGAAGAACCUGCUACUCAAGGAAAAAUUGAUGAGGUAUCAGCAGCUAUAUCUCAAACUUUGCAAAAUUUGAACACAAACUCAGAAAACCUUCAGACACCAUUCUCUGAACAAGAUUUUGCAAAUAUGUUUAAUAACUUCAAUUUGGGAGAAGGUGAACAAGAUGGAAAUAUGUUUGUUCCAUUCAUGCAAGGCAUGAUGCAGUCACUGCUUUCAAAGGAAGUUCUAUAUCCUUCCUUAAAGGAGCUAGUGGACAAAUAUCCAGCAUGGUUGACUGAAAAUAAAGGAAAGAUUGACCCGGCUGAAUAUGAAAGAUUCGAAAAGCAGCAGCUUCUCAUGCAACAGGUCUGCGCUGAACUAGAACCUGAACAAGAGUCCGAUCCUGAUGAUGUCAAGAGGAAACGUUUUGAGAAGGUUCUAGAUCUCAUGCAAAAGAUGCAAGAUUUAGGCCAACCGCCCACGGAGUUGGUCGGAGAUAUUGGAGUGCCUCCAGCCGGCUUCGCUGCCCCCGUCGGCCAAGAUCCUAGCCAGUGUUGCCUCAUGUAGUUUCUACUUUCUACGUAAAUUCGACGCAUUUCGAUGCAGCGUUAUAUAUAGACUAUGGUGCUUAGUGAAUGUGUUAUGUUACCAUGAUAAUAUCAUGUUUCUGUGGGGUUUGGAUGCCGUACUUGGGUAAGGUGUGCUUUUUUAUAGUCAUAUUGACGAAAGCAUAAAUUUUAGAUUUUGUUUUCAAUGUAUUUAUGAAUGUAGUUGGGAUAUUGUAUCACACAACAGAAAUACAGCAUUCGGGGUAAUUCUGAAAUGUCAUUGAGUAUUUUUUUACGUAAAUUGACACUAUCAUACUCAAAAAUAUAUUCUCAAAGACUUGUUAUUAAAAUUUGUGUCUUUUAUAGGUAUAUUAAGGAGACUGACAGUUCAGAGUUGUUCCCAUUAUUGAAAAAUGAGUAUGGAAUUGGUAUGCGGGCAUGGGACAGGUUAUGUAAUUGACAAGGAGAUGUUUAGACUUUGCGUGGUACUGUGGUACAGUUUUGACCAUAUUUAGUCAUGUUUCUAGUAUAGGGAAUCAAAAAUUAGAAGUGUACCGAUGGUAUUUUCAUUCAGUAGCUAGUUUGCUAUCAACAGAUGUAACAUCAGGGUUAGUAAUUUACCAAUAACGUACAUAGGCUUCUGCUAUACAGUUGGUUAGUUGGCAGAUUCCCUGAAUGACUUCGAGUGUGAAUUUGGUUGGAACGCCCCGCCUUUUUUGAGAGCUGGGAGCGUAGUAAUUAAUGGGCCAAUCGGAACGUGUCGCAUUUCGGCAACCUGAAGGCCGCAUGUAUAUCAGCAUCUUUAAUUUUCAUGUAAAUUUAAGUCGUUACAUCCCCUAUCUCCAUAUCUGUUAAUGUAUGUAACGAGUGCUGUUAUAUUGAGCUCUGUUUGUCUAUUUUUCAGUGAAAGAGUGUAAAGAUAGGUUCAAAAAGGAAGUGAUGGAAUGUGAAAUGAGUUAUAUGUUUUGUGGAAGUUAGUUACUAAAAUCGCGUGAUAUUCACGUAGCACUUUUGCUUGAAUUGGGACCCCCCCAAUUCAUAUAAAUAUAAAAAU